ACGUGAAGUCAGCAAUCUCCACUUCCCCUCCCCAUCUUCUCCAUAUAUCCCCCAACAAAUCCUGUGUCCAGAUUCAUAACAAACUCUAAACCCUAAGUCCGCCAUAACCGCUUCUUCUCCUCCGCAUUUUCCUGAAUUCCGGCGACUAUUGCGGGGGGAGAGAUUCGUAUCCACUCGUAACACAAUUGCUUCUUCUGUAUGUCAGUAGAUUGUACGCACUGCAACUUUUACGGUGGAUUUGGUGAGCUUGCUAACCCUCUGCAAUGGCCGCAACUUCGCAAAAGGCGUCGCAUUCUUCUUCCGAUGAUUCCGUCUCCGUUCACCGCCAUGUGGUCUCCGAUGACUGGCGGAACGAUGAUCAGAACAUGCCGAUCAACAGUUCUUCCAUUGUUUCGUUGAUUAAUCCGACUGAUUCUAACGCCAAUGCUUCUGCCAAAGGAAUCCAAAUUCUCACAAGGGCUCAAACUAGCCAUCCUUUGGAUCCCUUAUCAGCUGCUGAAAUCAAAGUUGCUGUGGCAACUGUAAGGGCAGCCGGAGCAACCCCUGAGGUGAGAGAUGGUAUGCGGUUUGUGGAAGUAGUUCUGUCAGAACCAGAUAAAACCGUUGUCGCACUCGCAGAUGCAUACUUUUUCCCACCUUUCCAGCCUUCUUUAUUACCCCGAAAAGGUGGAGCUAUUAUACCUAGUAAGCUUCCGCCAAGGCGAGCCAGGCUUGUUGUUUACAAUAAAAAGUCAAAUGAGACAAGUAUAUGGAUUGUUGAACUGUCUGAGGUACACGCAACAACUCGAGGUGGGCAUCAUAGAGGGAAAGUUAUUUCAUCGAAAACUAUUCGGGAUGUUCAGCCUCCAAUGGAUGCUGUGGAAUAUGCUGAAUGUGAAGAAGUUGUGAAAGAUUACCCUCCCUUUCAAGAGGCUAUGAAGAAGAGGGGCAUUGAAGAUAUGGAUCUGGUGAUGGUUGAUGCUUGGUGUGUUGGCUAUCAUAGUGAAGCUGAUGCUCCUAGCCGCAGAUUAGCAAAACCACUUAUAUUCUGUAGGACAGAAAGUGACAGUCCGAUGGAGAACGGAUAUGCACGUCCAGUUGAAGGCAUCUAUAUUCUCGUUGACAUGCAAAAUAUGGUUGUACUAGAAUUCGAAGACCGUAAGCUUGUUCCCCUACCACCUGCUGAUCCGUUGAGAAAUUACACUCCUGGUCAUACUCGAGGUGGUGUUGACAGAAGUGAUGUUAAGACUCUACAAAUUAUCCAGCCUGAUGGACCAAGCUUCCGUGUUAAUGGACAAUACGUCGAGUGGCAAAAGUGGAAUUUUCGUAUUGGGUUCACUCCAAGGGAGGGUUUAGUAAUUCAUUCUGUUGCAUAUGUUGAUGGUAGUCGAGGCCGAAGACCCAUAGCACAUAGAUUGAGCUUUGUUGAGAUGGUUGUGCCGUAUGGCGAUCCAAACGAUCCUCAUUAUAGAAAAAAUGCAUUUGACGCUGGCGAAGAUGGCCUCGGGAAAAAUGCCCACUCUCUUAAAAAGGGAUGUGAUUGCUUGGGUUAUAUCAAGUACUUUGAUGCACAUUUUACAAACUUCACUGGGGGCGUUGAAACUAUAGAAAAUUGUGUAUGUAUGCAUGAGGAGGAUCAUGGAAUCCUUUGGAAGCACCAAGACUGGAGAACUGGUUUAGCUGAAGUAAGAAGAUCUCGGCGACUCACAGUGUCUUUUAUAUGCACCGUGGCUAACUAUGAAUAUGGUUUCUAUUGGCACUUUUACCAGGAUGGAAAGAUUGAAGCUGAAGUUAAACUUACAGGGAUUCUCAGCUUAGGAGCACUGCAGCCCGGGGAAGUUCGAAAAUAUGGUACAACUAUUGCCCCGGGUUUGUAUGCACCAGUUCAUCAACAUUUUUUUGUUGCUCGUAUGGACAUGGCAGUUGAUUGCAAGCCUGGAGAAGCAUACAACCAGGUUGUUGAAGUUAAUGUCAAAGUUGAAGAAUCUGGGAAAAAUAAUGUCCACAAUAAUGCAUUCUACACCGAGGAAACAUUGCUUAAAACUGAAUCUCAAGCAAUGCGUGAUUGCAAUCAGUUAUCUGCCCGUCAUUGGAUAAUUCGGAACACGAGGACCGUGAACAGAACUGGACAGCUGACUGGCUAUAAGCUCGUACCAGGUUCAAACUGCUUGCCUCUGGCUCGUCCAGAGGCCAAAUUUCUAAGACGGGCUGAAUUUUUGAAACAUAAUCUUUGGGUUACUCCUUGUGCACUUGAUGAAAACUUUCCUGGAGGUGAAUUCCCAAACCAAAAUCCACGUGUCGGUGAAGGGCUCGCCUCGUGGGUCAAACAAAACCGUUCUCUUGAAGAAACUGAUAUCGUCCUUUGGUAUGUGUUUGGGAUCACUCAUGUUCCCAGGUUAGAAGAUUGGCCAGUUAUGCCGGUGGAGCACAUUGGCUUUAUGCUUCAGCCGCAUGGGUUCUUCAACUGCUCGCCUGCAGUUGAUGUUCCUCCAGGAGCCUGCGAGUCGGAUGUGAAAGACACCGAGCAUAAAGAAACCAUUGCUUCCAAGCCUGUUUCAAAUGGUUUGAUUGCCAAGCUUUAAUGUAAUCAUCAUCAACAAAGUCGACUUUUUUUAUCGCCCCUUAUCUAUUUACCAUGUCGUUUAAACCUUUUUAAUUUGUAUGAUUUUAGACGCUAGACUUUGGUUGUGUAAUCAUCAUCAGGCUCUAGUUCAGUUUCAGUUGCUAUCCUCGUUUAAACCUUUUUAAUUUGUAUGUUUUAUGUUUGUACUUUCUCAAGGAUCAUAGAUGAUGAAAGUUGGUUUGUAAGGUAUCAUGCGUCUGAGUGGACUCUUUUGGUCUUA